AUGAACCCCUGUGAGAAGUAUCAUGCACGUAGGCGAAAACCAUUCAAACUCGCUCUGCAGAUCAUCAAAAUUGCCAUUAUUAUCAUUGAACAGUAUGGACAUUUGCACAAUAUCACAGUUGGAAAUCAUGAAUAUGAGAGGAAUGGUGUUGUCUACACACCCCUGUCACUAUGUCAGGAGUUCUACAGGAAUGGAAGUAUCUACUCUGGAAAUGAGACCUUUGAAAUUGACACCCAGGUGGAGACUGAGUGCUUUAAAGUUUAUCCAAUGUAUCAUGGGUCACUGCGAGUCGUGCUUCCACAUUUUGAAUUGCAUUUCAAAAGGAUGAUCUCUGUCAAGAUCAUGUUUGUUCUCAAGGCCAUAAAUUUAGAGACAGUGAGACAUCGAGAGCUGCCAUACUGCUACGAUUUUACUGUUACUAUCACUUUCAACAACCAAGUUCACAGUGGCAGGAUAAAGGUUGACUUGGAAAACGAUGUAGAUGACAUCAAUGAAUGCAAAGAAUGGAGAUUAAUUGGAGAAUCUGCUCAAAACACAUACUUGACUGUGCUGUUUGACUGCCUCAUCAUUGUAACGUGCCUCGCCUCCUUCGUGCUCUGCACACGCUCGGUGAUCAGUGGGAUUCAGCUGCAGUUUGAGUACACACUCUACUACCGGAACCACUGUGGUAAACACGUCCCAUGGUCAGACAAGCUGGAGUUUGUGAGCGGUUGGUAUAUCCUGAUCAUUGUCAGUGACAUAUUGACCAUCAUUGGCUCCAUUCUGAAGAUAGAGAUCCAUUCUAAGGUUCUCAGAAGUUAUGAUGUUUGCAGCAUCCUCCUUGGCACAGGCACCAUGUUGGUCUGGAUUGGGGUCAUCCGCUACUUAGGCUACUUUAGGAAGUAUAAUAUUCUUAUUCUGACACUCAGGGCAGCUCGCCCAAAUGUUAUCCGUUUCAUCUGCUGUGCUGGAAUUAUCUACCUGAGUUACUGUUUUUGCGGGUGGAUAGUUCUCGGUCCCUAUCAUGAGAAGUUCCGGACCUUGAACACAGUGUCAGAGUGUCUGUUCUCAUUGAUCAAUGGAGAUGAUAUGUUUUCCACCUUUGAAAACAUGAAGAAGAAGAGCUACCUGGUGUGGCUUUUCAGCAGAGUUUACCUUUACACCUUCGUCUCGCUCUUCAUCUACAUGAUUCUCAACCUUUUCAUCACCCUCAUCACUGACACCUAUGACACCAUCAAGUCUGGGGUGUACAGAGAUGACAGGGACUGUAACAGCUGCAUCCUGAACUGCUGCAUCAGGUGCAGGGAGUGUCAGGAGAGGCUGAGAUUUGAUUCAUAGCAGGUCUUUAAUGUCAAGCUAUUCAGAGGCUAGACUCU